AUGCUCUGGCUUUGGACCUUAAUUACUUCAUUUAAGGAUGACUACAACCGCUUCGAGACUGCGAGACAUAAGGUCGCUAAACAAAGCGAAUGUCAGAAAUCUGAAGAAAGCCGUUUCCAAGCAUUUGGUGACCGUCCAGGCAGCGGAGUAGAAAUGUCUACUCAUCACUGGCAAGGUGGAGAGAUUAUAACAGAUCCCAGUCAGCUACCUAAAUCACUCAAACCGCGUCGAUUAUACUACUCACCCAUUGGAGACGGAACGGUUGCAGCUGAUGGUAUCGAACUCAGAAGACGUCCAGCUGAUCUGUCCCCUCGUGUGACUAUUACGCAGAUGACACAUGUGGACCGCGGGCAGAAAGGUCACGAUGGUCUGAACGUGUAUGAGAAGACGUGGACGAACGCUGCAGGAUGUGAGUUCUAG